CUGUACGGUUCUCUAACACGUGUUAAUAGUUUUAAAUAUUUUGUUAUUCUUGUGAAUGAGUUUAAUAAUAUAUUAAAUUAUAAAAACAGUUCUAUCAAAAAGGCGAUCAGUUAUAAUGUGUUGAUUUGGAAAGCAUGAAAUUGAAUCACUUCCAGAAAGUCUUCAUUGGAUGGUCAAUUGUUAUUACUGGUGGUCUUUAUUCAUUUGUCCUAUCAAAGCGAUAUGUCGAUUCCAAGCGUUAUGAUAGUAUGAAAGCUAGAGAACGUAUACGAUUAUCAAACAUAGGAGAAUACGAUCAGAGUCCAAGAAAAUUCUAAUUUCAUCUUUGUGAAAAAAUAUAUAAUCA